UACUGGGCUGGGCUUCAACAUAAGGCCUCAAGCUGGGCUUCCGAGGAGAUUACACAAACGGGGGCGAGUAGAGACUCUGUUCGAACUUGGGAAGUUAGUUGCGCGCCAUGUGUUCGAACAAAUGCCGCCUACUCCUCAGGCGGCUCCCCCGCCGCCGCCACUUCUCCGCCGCGCCGGCAUCCAACCACCGCAACAAGUGCGCGGAGAUCGAAAUCCGAUGGCCGCAAGAGAGGUCUAGGUCCCCAGCUCCUAACGCCGGAGAGGCGUUGGCGAGGGCCCAUGAGGCCACGGUCAGGCGUCUCGCGGCGGCGGGCGACCUGGACGGCGUCCAGUACACGCUGCAGGAGAUGCGGCUGCGCGGGGUGGCGUGCCCCGAGGGCGCACUCGUCGCCGCCAUAUGCGCCUUCGCCCGCGCCGGCGCCGCCGACCGCGCGCUCAAGACGUUCUACCGGGCGCGGCACGACCUGGGCUGCGCCGCGCCCACCGUGCGGGUGUACAACCACCUGCUCGACGCGCUGCUCCGGGAGAACCUCGUCGCCGCGGUGGUGCCCGUGUACGACAACAUGAGGAAGGCCGGCGUGGAGCCCAACGUGUACACCUACAACCUCCUCAUCAAGGCGCUGUGCCAGAACGACCGGGUCGGCGCCGCGCGCAGGAUGCUCGACGAAAUGGCCAGGAAGGGGUGCCGCCCGGACGAGGUGAGCCAUACGACAAUCAUUUCCGCGCUGUGCAAGCUGGACAGGUUGGAUGAGGCCAGGGGGAUCUUGGCAGAGAUGACGCCUGUGGGCGCCUCGUACAAUGCCGUCGUUCACGCUCUGUGUGGACAGUUCAGGAUGCGGGAGGUGUUCUUGGUUGUUGACGAGAUGGUGCACAGGGGAUUGCGGCCGGAUACUGUCGCCUACACAAGCAUAGUUGGCGCGUUCUGCAAGGCCAGGGAGCUGAGAAUGGCUUGCGCCAUUUUGGCUAGGAUGGUAACCGAAGGUUGUGUUCCAAAUGUUCAAACAUUCACUGUGUUGGUCAAAGGGUUCUUCGACGAUGGAAAGGUGCACGACGCGCUUGGAAUGUGGAAUUGGAUGGUUGCUGAAGGAUGGGCACCAUCGACAAUCUCUUACAAUGUUCUAAUUCGUGGCCUUUGCCACAUUGGUGAUCUAAAGAGGGCAUUAUUUGUUUUCAGUUGCAUGGGGAAAAGCGACUGCUUGCCUGAUGUGAGGACCUACUCUACUCUUAUUGACGGCUUCUCAAAAGCUGGGGACCUAGAUGUUGCCAUGUCUAUAUGGAAUGACAUGACAAACGCUGGUUGCAAGCCAAAUGUUGUUGUUUAUACAAAUAUGGUGGAUGUUCUUUGCAAGAAGGUGAUGUUUGAUCAGGCAGAGAAUCUCAUUGAUAAGAUGUCAUUGGAAAAUUGUCCUCCUAACACAUUGACGUUCAACACGUUGAUCAGAAGCCUGUGUGACCUUGGAAGAGCGGGGAGAGCCUUGAAUGUGUUCCAUGGGAUGAGAAGAUAUGGAUGCCCUCCAAAUGACAGGACUUACAAUGAGUUGCUUCAUGGUCUUUUUAGGGAAGGAAACUGUGAAGACGCCCUUCGAAUGUUGACCGAGAUGCUUAACCAUGGGUUUGAGUUGAGUUUAGUAUCUUACAACACUACUAUUAGUGGUCUGUGUCAGAUGAGAAUGAUCAAAGAAGCUAUGAUUCUUCUGGGGAGGAUGAUCAUUCAAGGAAUUCAACCCGAUGCAUUCACUUUCAACGCAAUAAUUCAUGCUUAUUGCAAGGAAGGGAAUGUCAGGGCUGCUGCUUGGAUGUUAGGUCGGAUGGACGCAGUUAACUGUCCACGUAACAUAGUUGCAUACACAAGCCUGAUGUCGGGGCUUUGCAGUCAGCAUAAGCUCGACGAUGCCAUGGUUUACCUCCUGAAGAUGUUAUAUGAAGGUAUCUGUCCAAAUGAAGCAACAUGGAAUGUGUUGGUCCGUGGAAUAUUUACACACCUGGGCACCAUCGGACCAAUGCACUUGAUUGACCAUAUCAUCGAAGAUUUGUAAGCAUAUCCUUGGAGAAGUUAUAUACAAACUUGGGCACCAUCGGACCAAUACACUUGUUAGUGAGUGGCAAAGCUGACAAGCUGCAAAUCCUCUUUGAUAGUUUUUUUUUCUGAACACGCAUCAAAAUGCAUGUCAUUUUAUAUUAGAAGAAGUGACAAGAAGGUGCAAAAUACAAAUUACCAAUGGUGGGGUGACCAAAAUAAACUGAGAGGAAACCUACUCUAAGCUACAAAAGGAGGAGAGAGCUGCCAAGCGCUCUUGCUCAAACGCCCUCUACAUCUGUUGGCCUCUCAUUCAAAGGGAGCAUGCACAAGGCUUUUGCCCCUGCCAACUUCGACAGCUCUACCUCGGCUAAAACUGCUUCUACCGCUUCUUGGCAGUCCGGUCUUGUGUUUGGCGAAAACACAAGGCUUUGGCCUCUUUGAUGGGUUAAAUUUUUCAAGUGAUCACACGUGUCAGAUUUAUAAAGAUGUUCCUCGAGGAUUCACCAGGAGGUUCUGUGUACAGGAGUCAGCUAAACUGGGACUUGUGUACUCUUUGAAGAUUAAUGGUAGAAAGACAUCAUGGAUACGGCGUGUCUGGACAAGAGGGUACUUCUUCCUUCCCAAAAAAAAGACAAGAGGUACUUCUUGGUAAAGAUUAGGUGUUUAGUUUAACUUUGACUUAAAUGCCAAGUUUUUUUACUAAGGAAUAAUAUCAUUCUUUCAAGCAGCUCCUUAAGCUGGGUUUAGCUGUUGUUUGCUGACCGUGCUGUUUAUUGUUUACAGUAUCUGAUCGAGCUUGAUGUUGAGUUUUGCAGUGAUAAGUCAGUGACGGUUGUCCAACAACAACAACCUAAUUCUUUCUUGAUUCAGAAGGCAUGGCCUGUUUAUGGAGGAACCGUAGGACUGAGAUCAUGUAAAAUAGAGAAGAUUGCGAUGCAGCGGCGCACCCACGAGCUCUUGCUGGAGAACACUCGGCGUCAAAGAACCCUUUUAGUUGGAAGGAUAAGCUACCUACUGCUGCGGCUGUCAAAGUUCACAUUUGAUGCAUUUGAUGUUUCCAGGCAAGCAGCACAGCAGGUUGAAGAAUUCUUCCUACACUCUUGGGGCCCAUAUGGGAUCACAGCGAGGUUGUUUGUGCUGCGCAAUGAGCAAUCAUCUGGUUAUUAACGAAAUCAAACUACAGUACUUGAUUGCUUUUCUCCUCAUAUAUACCAGUUUAGACUAAAUAGGUUUUGUUCUGUAUUUUUGGUUGUUUUCUCGAAGCCGCCGUCGGGUGAUUAAUUCAAUUGUACAAUUUGCGCCUUCGAUCUUGCCGUUCUUCUUCUAAUACAAAAUGAUUCGACAAAAGAGGUGUGUGAUCUACAGCUAGCUCAAACAUGGUAAUAAGAACACACCCUGUGUACAGCCUGCUGCCGUUAACCUAGUAACUGGGUAUAAACAUGAAGUUAAAUCUCAAGUUCACGUGGCCAAGAAGUAUCCAGAACGGUCGAUCUUAACUGGGGGUACUGUUUGUCUUUUACUUCCAGAUACUGUUUCUCUGCACGGCAAAGGACGGGACCAUUUAUCAUGCUGCAGUCCAGGCCAGCCUCACCCCAUUUAUGAUGUUCAAUGGUGUUGGUGUCCAUUGGGCAUUGGCAAAGAAAUUGAAUGGGCGGGGCAAAAGGUGAGAGCAAGGAGACACCAUAUGCCACUGCAGCUCCACGUGCACAGUGUACAGUUGGUGCAGCACAGCAGCCGGAGUUAAGUAAUUCUGACUGGGUUGCAUCCAUCUCCAUCUCCAAGCAUCCAGCUGGCCUUGUCAUUGAUGCAAGCUUGCUUGCCCAUCUUCAUGGUUUCUUCCAUUUUGAUCUCGACUUGUUCUUUGAUCCUCUUGCUUGUGUGAUGGGUGGAAGUAGAAAGUUCCAGUCAGACUGGUGUUACUUUUGUGGGUUAACUUGGGGGCAGAUUGUGUUACAUCACCAUGGUUUUCUUUUCGUUAGGAUGGAGAGCAGUGGGUCACAUCGAUUUGGUUUGCUUUGCCAGUUAUGUGGUUUGCUUUUGGAAAUUUAUUGGCAUAUGUGGUUGAUACUA